ACCUUUAUGUACGGAUUAAUGACGGGAUUAGACAAGUAUAAAACAUACUAAAAAGAAAUAGAAAAAAAUGUCAGCAUUACCUCAGUCUUCAUCAACCACAGCACCUUUCUUCACUGACUAUAAUGAUCUUGCUUCAGAUCAGGUUGGAGGGAAAGUUUUGUUUGCCACAGAUGACUGGUUUGCUCCAGCAGAAAACUUAAUCAAGGAUGAAUCUCCAGUAUUUAAGGAAGGUGAGAUAACAGACUAUGGUAUGUGGAUGGAUGGUUGGGAAACCAGAAGAAAAAGAACGGAAGGUCAUGACUGGUGUAUUAUUCAGUUAGGUGUAGCAGGUGUGAUAUCAGGUGUUGAUGUAGAUACAUCAUAUUUUACUGGUAACUACGCACCUAGAUGUUCAAUACAGGCAGCAUGUUUACCUAAAUCAUAUUCAAAGAGGGAAGGAGAGAGGAUAGGACUCGCUGCAACAGAGGAAGACUACAAGAUGGUGGAACAGCUCCAAUCACAGAAUUGGGAUUACAUUGUAUCGCUGACCCAACUUCAGCCAGGCUUCCUAACUUCCUGUCAUAACUUCUUUGAAUCAACCAAGAAGAAAAAAUAUACUCAUAUACGACUGAACAUAUAUCCAGAUGGAGGUAUAGCUAGAUUAAGAGUGUAUGGAAAUGCAGCCCCAGACUGGAGUAAAGUUUCUGAAAAAGAGUUAGUGGACCUAGCAUCAGUAAAGAGUGGCUGUAUAUGUACAGGUUAUAGCUCCACCAAUAGAGGACAUCCAAAGAACCUUAUCCGGCCUGGCCGAGCUCAAACUAUCAUAGAUGGCUGGGAAAUAUUUCCUAAGACUACUAGACCUACUGUAAUUCAGGAAUACAGGCACACUGGCAAAUUAUGUCCAUCUGGGUCAGAGUGGUGUACUUUUCAACUUGGUCAUACUUGCAUCGUACAAAUGGUUGAGGUUGAUACAAAUCAUUUCAAGGGAAAUUUUCCAUACACAUGUAAAGUUGAAGGAUGUCUUGUUGAUGACAGAGUUCUCUCAGAAUCCUCCACUCCUUCCAAAAAAGAAUGGAAAAUUUUAUUACCAGAGACUAAAUUAAAGGGACACAAUCAGAUGUUUAUAGAUGUGACUAAAUUAAGUAAUGUAGGAGUUAUCUCACAUGUGAGAUUGACAAUUUACCCAGAUGGUGGCGUGAGCAGAUUUAGAAUAUGGGGGCGGAAAGCUCAGUCAAAUUUAUCAAAGUUGUGAUACAAUAUCAGGUUUUUUAUAGAAUAACAAAGGCCUUAGACUUGUGAAUCUCCUAUAGGAAAAAUGUUUAUAUCUGUAUAAAAUGUACAUUUUUCAGUCAAAAAGAACAGUGAUCUGGUUAAUUUCAAUCAUGUGUUUGUUGUGUUUGUGUAAGUCUUUUUAACUCAGAAAAAUACUAGUAGAUAAUAUAAAUGUAUUUUUCACAAACUCCUCACUGUGAUUACCUUUUUAGCUCGACUAUUCGAUAAGAAUAAGUAGAGCUAUUGCAGUCACGCGAGCGUCCGCGUCGGCGUAACCACUUAUGUUAAAGUUUUUGUAAUAGUUCAAAUAUUUUCAAAGUCCAUUGAUAUAUGGCUUUGAAACUUUGCACACUUGUUCACCAUCAUGACCCCAACCUGUAGACAGGAGGAGGUAACUCUAUCAAGCAUUUUGACAGAAUUAUGUCCCUUUUUCGACUUAGAAUUUACGUUAAAGUUUUUGUAAUAGUUCAAAUAUUUUCAAAGUCCAUUGACAUAUGGCUUUGAAACUUUGCACACUUGUUCAACAUCAUGACCCCAACCUGUAAACAGGAGGAGGUAACUCUAUCAAGCAUUUUGACAGAAUUAUGCCCCUUUUUCGACUUAGAAUUUAUGUUAAAGUUUUUGUAAUAGUUCAAAUAUUUUCAAAGUCCAUUGACAUAUGGCUUUGAAACUUUGCACACUUGUUCACCAUCAUGACCCCAACCUGUUAACAGGAGGAGGUAACUGUAUCAAGCAUUUUUUUUACUAUCAAGCACUAAGAAUAGUCGAGCGUUGCUGUCCUACUGACAGCUCUUGUUUUGGCAAAUUGUACUGAUAAGGGGAGAUCACUGCAUAGGAGAUUGUAUUUUUUUUCUUACUAAAUUGUAUGUGUAUUCUUGUAAGCUUAUUAAUUAAUAAUGAUUAGUUGUUCAAUUAAUUUUAAAAUACAAAGACAAUGUUUAUUUGUCACAUUCAAAAUUUA